AUGCCACCCUCUCAGGAUGGCGAACGGACGGUGCUGAAGAAGCCGAGUCUCUACCACCGCCAAUCCUCGACCCUCAAAUACAACACCUUCCCCGCCGCUCCUCCUCCACAGCCCCAACGCCAAUCGAGCAAGAGGGACAUGAACGUUCAAGAUGCGCCAGAAUCUCCCGGCUCCAAACGGAGCAGAUCUUCGUCAGGCUCAGCAAAACACCAGGAAACACCACUACCGAAAGGGCAGCUAGCUAUACUGGCUGUCAUUGCGCUGGCGGAGCAGACGGCGUUGAACAGCAUAUCGCCAUACCUCCCCGAGAUGGCUUCGACGUUCCCGGAAGUCGACCCGGCGCAGGUUGGGAUGUACGUCGGCUUGAUCGCGUCUUCGUUCGCGUUGGCGCAGUUCGCGACGAAUUUCAUCUGGGGCUGGCUGUCGGAUAAGAUUGGGCGGAAGCCGGUGGUGCUAUGUGGCACGUUCUUGACGGCGUGCUGUUUUGUUGCUUUUGGGUUCUGUCGGACGCUGUGGCAGGCCAUACUAGUGCAAGCAUUGAUGGGGUUGGUGAAUGGGAAUCAAGGGGUGGUCAGCACGUGUUUGGGAGAGAUCACGGAUCGGUCGAACCAGAGCCGGGCGUUCAAGUACCUGCCAGUGGUGUACGGGCUUGGAGGCAUCACAGGGCCGAUUGUUGGUGGACUACUGGUCAAGAAGAACAACCCUUUGGAUCCAGAAGAACCGAACGCAUAUCCGUACCUUUUGCCUAAUCUCUUCUCAGCGGCAGUGUUACUGGUCGACAUGGUCUUGACAAUGAUCUUUCUUGAGGAGAGCCUGGAAUGUGCUCAAGAACUACCACCACUUGGCAAGCGGUUCGUCAGUGUCUUCACAUGGAUGUGGCAGUUCACGAGCUCGCACCGACCCACAUAUCUACGACGAGGCAAAAAGGACCGGAAACCCAACGGCUACCAAGCCGUCCCCAACGGCAACCACCUGGACGACGUCGACGAAGAGGACUCCGACUCCGACUCACAGGACGAAGUCGGCGCCGCCCCCGACCUCAUGCCCACCACCAACACCCAAGAAUACCUCAACAAAGAAGACGUCUUCACCCGUGACACCGUCCUCCUCCUCAUCACCUUCCUCAUCUUCCAACUCGCCAACAUAUCCUACAACUCCCUCUACCCCGUCUUCGCGCAAGCCAACCCGCCCACGGGUCGCAACCUCACGCCGGAAGAAAUCGGCAUCGGCUUGGCGUUCGCCGGCGCAGUCACGAUAUUAUUUCAGGUCGGCGUCUUCGGCGCGAUUAGGGAGAAGGUCGGGAAUAAAGUCACCUACCGCGUCGGACUCGCGGGGUUCGUCGUUGCUUUCCUCCUCAUGCCGUGGGUGGGGUAUAAAGACGGUGCGAGUGGUGAGGGGGAGCCGACGAAGAUGGGGCAGGUGUGGCUGUGGAUCGAGUUGGGGGUGGUGCUUAUUAUCAAGACGGUCGCUGCGGUUGGGGGGUUGACUUCGGCGUUACUUUUGAUUACGAACUCGGCGCCUUCGCAUGCUGUGCUGGGAACGCUGAACGGGCUUGCGCAGACUUUGAGCGCGGCGGGUCGAGCAGUGGGACCUUUCAUCAGUGGGUCCUUGUUCACGGCCGCGGUGCGGAUACAGCCAAAGGGCGAGGCGUUGGCUUUUGGGGUGUUUGGGGGUAUAAGCUUCCUGGGCUUUCUGCUCUCGUUUGGGAUUCGAGGGGCGGAGUUGGAGGCUGAUGGGUGGGAGGAGGGUGAGAGUGAUGAGGAGGAGGGUGAGGCGAGUGAGGCUGAGACGUCGCCGGAGCGGACUCGGAUUAUCACUCCUCACAUUGCAUUCGAUGCGCAACUCGAAGAAAACGCCGAAACCGACCGCAGCGACUGA